CGGGUUCCGAGUGCGCGGAACGAGCGGCGACGGCUGCGGCAUCGGCGACGGCGGGUGAGUGUGAGGCUAGCGCGUCCCGCGUUCUGGAGAGAAAUGCCUCUCCCCCCUAGUCCACUGGAAGCUUUGGAAAUUGAGAUGGAACACUGAUUGCUCUUCUUCAACAUGUUCAUGAUGAAGUUAUUAAUAAUACUUAUAUUUUCUGGACUUAUAACUGGUUUUAGAGGUAACUCUUCUUAUAGCUUGCCACCCAAGUUACUGCUGGUUUCCUUUGAUGGCUUCAGAGCUGACUAUCUACAGAACUAUGAAUUUCCUCAUCUUCAGAAUUUUAUUAAAGAAGGUGUCUUGGUAGAACAUGUUAAAAAUGUUUUUAUCACAAAAACAUUUCCAAACCACUACAGUAUUGUCACAGGCUUGUAUGAAGAAAGCCAUGGCAUUGUGGCUAACUCCAUGUAUGAUGUAAUCACAAAGAAACAUUUUUCUGACUUGAAUGACAAGGAUCCUUUUUGGUGGAAUGAGGCAGUACCUAUUUGGGUGACCAAUCAACUUCAGGGAAACAGAUCAAGUGCUGCUGCUAUGUGGCCUGGUACUGAUGUACUCAUUCACAAUACCACACCUUCCUAUUUUAUGAAUUAUAACUCUUCAGUGUCAUUUGACGAGAGACUAAAUAAUAUUACUAUGUGGCUGAGCAAUUCGAACCCACCAGUCACCUUUGCAACACUCUAUUGGGAAGAACCAGAUGCAGGUGGCCACAAAUAUGGACCUGAAGAUAAAGAAAACAUGCGUACAGUGUUGAAAGAAGUAGAUGAUCAUAUUGGUGACCUAGUCCAUAAACUCAAAGUGUUAGGAUUGUGGGAAAAUCUUAAUGUGAUCAUAACAAGUGAUCAUGGGAUGACCCAGUGUUCUAAGGAAAGACUGAUAAACUUGGACACCUGCAUCAGUCAUACAAGCUAUACUCUUAUUGAUGUUUCCCCAGUUGCUGCAAUACUUCCCAAAAUAACCAACCAUGACUUUUUCUUCUUUGCUGUUUCUUUUUUUCCAGAUAGAACAGAGGUUUAUAACAAACUGAAAAUCUGUAACCCUCACAUGAACGUUUAUCUCAAGGAAGAUAUUCCUGCAAGAUUUCAUUACCAACAUAAUGACCGCAUUCAGCCUAUUAUUUUGGUUGCUGAUGAAGGCUGGACAAUUGUGCAAAAUAAAACAUUAAGAAAAUUAGGUGACCAUGGUUAUGAUAAUUCAUUGCCUAGUAUGCAUCCGUUUUUAGCUGCCCACGGUCCUGCAUUUCACAAAGGCUACAAGCACAGCACAAUUAACAGUGUGGAUAUUUAUCCAAUGAUGUGCCACAUCCUGGGAUUAAAACCACGCCCCAAUAAUGGAACCUUUAGUAAUACUAGGUGUUUGUUAGUUGACCAGUGGUGCAUUAAUCUCCCAGAAACCAUUGGAAUUGUUAUCGGUGUGCUUUUGGUGUUAACCACUCUAACGUGCCUCAUAAUAAUCAUGAAGAAUAGACUGUCUGUACCACAUUCAUUUUCCCGACUUCAAUUACAAGAUGAUGAUGAUGAUGAUCCUUUAAUUGGGUAACAUGUGCUGGGGUUUUUUAUAGUGUCUUCAGUUAGUCACAAAACUAAGGAUACACCCAAGCAAUGGUGUUAUAACUGUGAAAAGUUAUUUUAAAAGACCAGUUAGACCAAGCAUGCUGAAAUUUUUUGUUUUUUAUUUUGUUUUGGCACAUUAGCCAAUAUAAAUAACUGACCAUAGUUAAAAUUGCUCAUGGUUAACACAAUCUAUUUCUCUAACUAGAAACAUCUUUUGAGAAAAAUACUCCUGCUUUUUUGUAUGUUUUGUGUGAUGUAGAUGUGAUACAUCUUUAAACAAGACUAUACCAGAAUUUAGUAGGCAUGUAUUUCUAAUAAAUUUGUAUAUUUGUAAAUGAAAGAACAGAAAUCCUUAAAAUACAAUUCUUGAAUUUUGUGUAUCAGGGAAGAAAUGUUUCCUAUAUUUUUAUAUUUACAUUUACUAGAAUUUGUAUCCCAAGUAAACACUUGAGGUAGGAAAUUCUCUGUAAUGGUUAAUUAAAUUGGUUAACCAAGUGGAAGCAAUUUAGCAUAUGAAUAAAUUAUUUUAAGGAAAGCUAUUUAAAAAAAAAA